UGAUGGUGUAGAGGCUAUUGUAAAUGCUGUGUUUUUAACACAGUUUUUAUGCAGUGCCACACUCUUCUGUCUCACGGGUUUCCAACUCACAGUGAUUUUGAAAGAACAACAACUUGCAAGAUUUCUUAAUAUGAUGGAAUUGUUAGGUGCAGCCAUAUUUGAAAUGGGAAUGUUUUGUUACUUUGCAAAUAGAGUGAUGGAUGAAGGUAUCAAUGUUGGAAAGGCAGCUUAUGAGUCUCAGUGGUAUUAUGUUUCCAAAGAUUAUGGAAUAUCAGUAAGCAUAAUUAUGGCUCGCUGUACCCGCCCACCAAAAAUAACAUUUGGAAAAUUUGCAGAUCUUACUAUGGAAAACUUCGCCUCAGUUUUGCAGAUUUCAUAUUCAUAUUUUACUCUUCUCACCAGACUCAAUGAAUGAAGUAAAUGUUGACUGUAGAAAAGUAAUCACUAUCCUGUGCCUGCACUAGCGGACUGAGUGGUUUCUCUAAUGUUUAGAGAUACACACUUCUUAACACAAUAUUCAUUUCACUGUUUCAUUUUACCAAGAGGGCUCAGUACAGGUAGUUGUUUUCCUUAUAGAUGAAGAAGGAAAGAGAGAGAAAACAGUCACCUUAAAAUUUUCUUUUCUUCUGAUUCCUUUAACCUUACAAUAACUUCACUGGUAUAACACUACAGCUGACGACAGACAAUCUUUUUUUU